CUUCUUUCUUCCUCACAAGUCAUCACAACCAAAUUCAGUAAUAGCUCUGGAAAAGAACUCAAGAACAUUCAAGAUCAUUCCUCUUCGAUUAUCUCAUCAAUCAUGAUCUCCAUCGUAAUCAUGGCUGAGUUACUGGUUGAGUACACGACAGCUCUCGCUAAACUCACCGUCGGGAUUCUUCCGAGGCGACAAGGCGACGGAAACUUUAUACGUAUAGGCAACUUCUCCUUGUAUUGUCCUCCUAGAUCGUCGCCAGUUCCAGACUUCUCUGCGCAUCUUGUCGAUUUCUGAUACGUGACGACUGACGAGUGUCCAUCCUUUUUCUUCUUCUUUUUUUCUUUUAUUCUUUAUUGAUCGAGUAGAUGAGUAACAGCCGAGGCUUCUUUUUUCUUCCAUUUUCCAUAUUGAAUAGAUCAAUAGAGAUAUGUUAAUGUGCAUCACACGAAUUAAAAUGGGAUAAUCUGUACUUCUGUGCUUUUUUGUGUACUCACAUAAUAUACAAUCAUUUUUUUUAAUUAA